CGUUUUAUCGUUGAAAUCGGGUUUUAACUGUUUUUUCUUGAUAACCCGCAAUGGAUAGUAGCCGUGUUAGAAACCAUAGUGGGUGUCAAUAUAAAGUGACGGCCAUAUUUGCCGGUGCCGCUGUUGUAAACAAAAAGUGAGAGACAGACGCUUCACUGAAUUUCGGGUCAUUUUUAUUUCUUUAAUUUACAAUGUCUUUGGGAAUGUCUUAUAAACCCAAUGUCCAUCAGCACAUUCCGGGAACUUCUGGGAACCAGGUUGGAAGCCUCCAGUCUCCCUCAGCAGCUAACCUGGCCACGUUGCAGUCCUACAGGCCCCUCCUGAGCGACUAUGGCCCUCCAUCUCUGGGAUUCUCACAGGGCUCCAGCGGCAGCCAAGUGCCUCAGAACAAAUAUGCAGAGCUGCUGGCCAUCAUCGAAGAGCUCGGAAAAGAGAUCCGGCCCACAUAUGCUGGAAGUAAGAGUGCAAUGGAGAGACUGAAAAGAGGAAUAAUCCACGCCAGAGGGUUGGUGCGUGAAUGCUUGGCCGAGACCGAGAGAAACGCGAGGUCCUAGCCACGGACACACGUUCCUCCGUGCAAGAAGAACUAACAGUGUGCUACUCACGAGAAAAAACAACAACUUGCAUGGCAUUUCCUUCGAGAAGAGGAACUAAAUGAACAAAAGGAUGGAAAAGCAAGCUCCUAGAGAGACAAAAAAAAAAAAAUUACAAUAACACAAUUCAUGACUCCUGAGGGUUCUGGAGGAUCAUUUAAAUCAUGCGUGGGUUACAGGAAUUCAUAUGAAAGGAUGUCAUGUGUUUUUAUGCCCCACUUUUGGGAUCUUAGUUUUGACUUCAUAUUUAAAAAAAACAAUAAUUUUUGAUUUAUGCAUGCGACCAGGCCUGGGGCUUAAUUGUAGACAGUGCAUGACUUGUACAGGGGGUAGAUGGACAAGGCUUGUUUUUGAUAGUAUUUUGGUCUGUUUUUCAGACCCUAAUGAAACACAUGACUGAGUGAGUGAGGGGCAGAAAUGUGCCAAAUGCAUCGGUUCAUUCGUGUUGAGGUUGGUUUUGGUAUUA